AUGAGGAAAAUGCGUACACUUGGACCAGACAGGAGACCACAUACCCGCCGCCGCCGCGAUGAAGCUGGUUCCUCUAACCCACCACCACAGCCAGUUGGAUAUCCUGGUGGACCAUCAGAUUUAUCUUUACUUGUUCGAUAUCAAGACCAUGUUGCUCGCCGGUUAUGGUACGGAGAGGAAAGAGGCUCUAAAAAGGAGCUUAAAGUUGCUGGGCACGGGACGAAGCUCCAGGAGAGAGUGCCUCAGCAGCUCCCACCUGAGAUUGAGGCUAUCGUGUCUAGGUCAGGUCUGGCUUCUCUUCAGAGAACUAGCCUGACCAAGAUAGACGUUAAUCUCGUCUCAGCAUUUGUGGAGAGGUGGCAUGUUGAGACUUCGUCAUUUCACAUGCCAUUUGGUGAAAUGACGAUUACUUUAGAUGAUGUUGCGUGCCUGCUCCAUUUGCCUAUCAAUGGUAUGUUCUGGUAUCCUGAUGAGCAUGUCACAGAGCAGGUGGCUGUUGAUCUUGGCUGUGAGUUAUUGGGAGUGGAUAGACAUGCCAUGGCUGUACAUGUGCGUUCUUGCAGGGGAGCUUAUUACUCACUCCAGUGGCUGUAUGACAGAUUCGUGCAGUACCGUGCUGCUGGUAGUUGGACUUACGCGACCAGGGCAUAUCUGAUGAUGUUGGUAGGUUCUACCAUUUUUGCGGAUAAGACAUUUACCCUGGUUGAGGCCCGAUAUUUGCUAUUGUUUAGAGAUCUACGUGGGCUUGGUUCAUACAGUUGGGCAUCAGCGGCACUGGCCACUCUUUAUCACCACCUUGAGGAUGCAUCUAUGUUUAGUUGCAAGCAGCUCGGUGGAUAUCCUACUCUUCUACAGUGUUGGAUACAUGAGUACUUUCCUACUCUGGGAAGGAAAGGAGAAAAUUGGCGGUCAGACAACCAAGGGCUUCCGAGGGCGAUGAGAUGGUUCUACAGACAGGGGGCCAUCAAGGUGGAUGCAUAUAGACCGAUAUUGGAUCAGCUGACACCUACAGACGUCAUAUGGCGUCCAUUCGAGGAUCAUCGACCUCAUAUUGCUUUUAACGAGCUAUCUUUAUACAGAGGUUUCCUUGUUUGGGGUGACAUACAUGUGUUGUACUUACCCGAUAGGUGUCUUCGCCAGUUUGGUAUUCGCCAGUAUAUCCCGCCUGCACCUCCUGCUGAUACGCUCAGCAACGAUGAGAUUGCUGUGGAGUGGAUUGGUUAUCACCAGAGCGUGACAGAUGUGAUUAGAGGUACGGAGGCGGUGGGAUACCCUCAUGAGACGGUGGAUGGAUAUUUAGAGUGGUAUUACCGUGUGUCUCAUCCUCAGGUUGUGCCGCCCCCACCUAGUGAGCGUAGAGAGGUUCCAGUUCCUGUCUUUGAUGCAGGACCAGCUGAUCCAGAUUGGGCUCGUGCCUCCACACUGGUUCGUCGUUAUCUCCGGCAGGUAGAGGCCGAGGAUGAUGAUGUCGCGUAUGCUGACUUAUUUGAGGUGUUGCGCAUCGCCGAUGAGCAUUGA